AUAAAUUCAGCAAACAUUGAAAACUUGAACGCCAAAGCGAAAUACUUAAUCAAAGAUUGCGAAUGAUAUUGUUUUUUGUUUUUGUUUUUUAUCGGUAGCCGUAAGUUCAGCUACUACAUGUAUCAAGUGUAUUAAAUCAAAAGCAAUUGGCUGAUGUGCAAUUGUGAAAAAUACGAGGAAAAAGUAACACAACAACUUACACUCCAAUAAGAAAAUAAUAGCCACCAGUGUGUAUAUGUAUGCAUGUAUAUGGGCUUGUGUUCGUUAGUGUGUGUGCGGCCAAUCUGAAGAAGUGACGUUUACAACAAAAAAAUAAUCAAAAUCGGUUCAAAUUUUAAGUGAAAUUUAAUAAAAAAAAAAUACACCUUGUCGUCUUACAACAAUUUCAUGGCAGUUGGAUGUACAUUUGAUUAAAAAACCGACGACGUCGCGUUCGCUCGUCGUUCGUCUUGUCUGCCAAUUUCGCCAUCUUCGCUUAGAACACCAAUAAGAAGAAGAAGAAGCAGAUAUAACGGUGAGUGCUGAAGCAGAGCGCAAAGUGCUGCGACGAGGAGCUGAGCUGAGCUUAGCUAUGCAUCAUCCACGGAGCUAUCGUUGAGAUCACCCCAAAGGGAUAACAGUCAGCAGCAGUCAGCGCAGCAUCACAGCAUUGAAUCACAGCCACAGAGAUCACAGCGAUAACCGAGUGCAAGCAGCAACAACGAGUAGCGAGAAGCACAAAGAGCAAAAGAGCAAGUAACGAGUAGCGAGUAACGAUUAACGAUUAACGAGUAAUCAACAGCGUGCAACCAGUAACGAGUAAGGAAGAACAGAGCAGCCCGCCAAAAGGCAUAUUGGUUGGUUGAGGUGACGUGUCAACAUCAGAAAAUGACACUGACCACAACCACAACACCCCCGGAUAGCAGUAAGAAAAUGGAUGUGAAGGUCCUAAGCGGUGAAGAGAAUCUACCCACAUCAGAGAUGGAUCUGCUGGCCAAACUGGAGGCUGCCAACAAGCUGAUCGAGAGCGAUGCCAAGAGCCUCAACUCGCUGCACUCCACGCACAGUCGCAAGAAUUCCGACACGAGCCAAAUUAGUCUAACAUCAAGCGGCAACUCGGUGGCCGAGGAGGACAUCUGGACGACCUGGGCAUCCAUAUUGAAUGACUGGGAAGGCGCCUUGAAGCGCAAAAAUCCAUGUGUACGUGAAUUGGUGCGCCGCGGCAUCCCGCAUCACUUUCGGGCGAUCGUGUGGCAGCAGCUGAGUGGCGCCGCCGAUGCCGAUAAGAAACAGUAUGCGGAAUACAUUAAGGCGACGUCCGCUUGCGAGAAAGUGAUCAGACGCGACAUAGCACGCACCUAUCCGGAGGUGGAUUUCUUCAAGGAGAAGGACGGCCCCGGCCAGGAGGCGUUGUUCAAUGUGAUCAAAGCGUAUUCGUUGCACGACCGUGAGGUUGGCUAUUGCCAGGGAUCGGGCUUCAUUGUCGGUCUGCUGCUGAUGCAAAUGCCCGAGGAGGAGGCGUUCGCCGUGCUGGUGCAGAUCAUGCAACAGCAUCGCAUGCGUCACAUGUUCAAGCCAUCGAUGUCGGAGCUGGGACUGUGCAUGUAUCAGCUGGAGAAUCUGGUGCAGGAGCAGAUACCCGAUAUGCAUAUACAUUUCCAGCAGCAGGGCUUCCAGACCACCAUGUAUGCGUCCAGCUGGUUCCUCACCCUAUACACGACCACGCUAAAUGUGAACCUCAGCUGCCGCAUCAUGGACGUCUUCCUCAGCGAGGGCAUGGAGUUCAUAUUCAAGGUGGCGCUCGCGUUGCUGCUGACGGGCAAGGAGUCGCUGUUGUGCCUGGACAUGGAGGCGAUGCUCAAGUUCUUUCAAAAAGAGUUGCCCGGCCGUGUCGAAGCGGAUCCGGAGGGUUUCUUCAAUCUCGCCUAUUCGCUCAAGAUCAACACGAAGCGCAUGAAGAAAAUGGAGAAAGAGUAUCAAGACUUGAAGAAAAAGGAACAGGAGGAGAUGGUCGAGCUGCGGCGAUUGCGACGCGAGAAUUGUCUCCUGAAGCAGCGCAACGAGCUGCUCGAGGCCGAGAGCGCCGAGCUGGCGGAUCGUUUGGUCCGUGGCCAAGUCUCGCGUGCCGAGGAAGAGGAAACCAGCUAUGCGAUUCAAACGGAGCUUAUGCAGCUGCGACGUUCCUAUCUGGAGGUGUCGCAUCAGCUGGAGAAUGCCAACGAGGAAGUGCGUGGUCUCAGUCUGCGGCUGCAGGAGAAUAACGUUUCAAUCGAUAGCAACAACUCGCGACAGUCAUCCAUCGAUGAGCUGUGCAUGAAGGAGGAGGCGUUGAAGCAGCGCGACGAGAUGGUCUCCUGUCUGCUGGAGGAGCUGGUCAAGGUGCGACAAGGCUCCGCCGAGAGCGAGGAUCAGAUACGCAAUCUGAAGGCCAAGGUCGAGGAGCUGGAGGAGGAUAAGAAGACGCUGCGCGAGACCACGCCCGACAAUUCGGUGGCCCAUCUGCAGGACGAGCUGAUUGCCAGCAAAUUGCGCGAAGCCGAAGCCUCGCUAUCGCUCAAGGAUCUCAAGCAGCGCGUGCAGGAGCUGAGCACACAGUGGCAGCGUCAAUUGGCCGAGAAUCAGCGCAAUGAGCACACCGCUGCCUCGGUGGAUUCCACGCCCAAGAAACUCUUGACGAAUUUCUUCGACAACUCGAAGAGCACCGAGCACACGCAAAAGCUGGAGGAGGAGCUAAUGACGACGCGCAUACGUGAGAUGGAAACGCUCACCGAGCUGAAGGAGCUGCGACUCAAGGUUAUGGAGCUGGAGACACAGGUGCAAGUGUCCACGAAUCAGCUGCGUCGUCAGGACGAGGAGCACAAGAAGCUUAAGGAGGAGCUCGAGCUUGCCGUCACCCGGGAGAAGGAGCUGGCCAACAAGGCGCGUGAACAGCAACACAGAUACUCGGAUCUGGAAUCUCGCAUGAAGGAUGAGCUGAUGAAUGUGAAAAUCAAGUUCACCGAACAGAGUCAAACGGUUGCCGAACUUAAGCAGGAGAUAUCGCGACUGGAGACAAAGAACUCGGAAAUGCUGGCCGAGGGUGAGCUGCGCGCCAAUCUGGAUGAUUCGGACAAGGUGCGCGACCUGCAGGACAGGUUGGCUGACAUGAAGGCGGAGUUGACGGCACUGAAAAGUCGCGGCAAGUUUCCGGCCACAAAGCUACGCAGCGCGUCCAUACAAUCCAUCGAAUCGCAGGAGAUUGACUUCAGUGAUCUCAAUAUGGUGCGUCGCGGCAGCACCGAGCUCUCUACAUAAUAUACGGCGCAGCAGGCGAUCGAGUCGAGGAUGGAUCAGAAGCGGAAACACAAACGGAAACAGCAGCAGCAAAAGGACACACACCACAAGCAUCCUUUGGAAGAAAUGAUAACGAAUUAUAUCUACACAAUGAUACGCAUUAACCAUAGGCAUCGAUAUCUAUAUAUCUAUAUAGUACUUUAUAUGCAUAUGCAUCUAUGUAUUAUUAGAGGCAUGGACAUGUUUUGCUUGUGGGUGAGUUCGAAAAGUGCCCGGUCAUAAAUCGACAAAAAACAAAAAAAAAACAGAAAAAAAACACGAAAAGCAAAAAAUUAGUUGAAAUUCAAUUAAAAUAUUACCUAUUUAUAUAAAAAAUAUUGAUAUACAUAAUUACCUAUGUUUUAAACAACAAUUACACAUUAUUAUUACAAUUAUUAUCAUAAUUAUAAUUACAAUUAUAUUUUAAUAUUAAUAUUGUAUUUUUUUUUUUGCAAAAAGUCUUUGUAUGUAUAUUUAUAUGUAUAUCGCUGUUAUGUUUAAACAACAACAACAACACAAAAUUAAGAGCAAAUACCACUAAUAUUUAUUUAUUGAUAUGUAUAGUUUUUUUUUUCCUUCUUGUUUUCUCUCUGUCACAUUCAUACAUAUACAAUUAUUAAUUAUACUAUAUAAUACACAAUAACGAUACAUAUGUAUUUUACUUGCAAGUAUUGUAUCUACAUUUAAAUGCAAAUGAUGGAUUUUAUGUACCCCCAAAAAACACACUUUUAAUGUAAGUUUUAAAAUCAAAACAACAAAAAAGAAAAAUCAGCAAAGCAAAAAAAAAAAAGAAACACAAUAAGUAAAAAUAUGUGAGUUUUAAAAAUAUCUUUUUUGAUGUAUUUAUGUGAAACUCGCAGUCGAAAAUGUUUUUUUAAUUUUGUGUUUAAUCUUCAAGCUAUGUGGAAAAUAUAUGUAGAACGAUAUUUGCUGAUAUUUCGAUAACAUAAAAGAAAAGAAACGGAAAAAAUAUUGUCACACAUGUCCGUAACGAAUUUGUAACUCCUCAUCAUGUAGUAAACUAAGUUUUGACGUAAUAUGUGUGUGUAUCCUACAGAAAACCUUCUCUAGACCCUAACAAAUCGAUAAAACAGGUUUAACGAUAAAAGCAAAACAAAAACGAAGUGCGAAAAUCAAGCGAAUACGUUUUUAUUAUUUUAGUAAUGUUCAAAAACAUGUAACAAGCGUUGCCAAAUUAAAUAACAAAACAUGAAAAACAAAAAAACCAAAAUCACGAAAAACUAUUUGAAAUAGUUUGCGAACCAGAACCUCGAGACAAUGCAAUUGAUUGCAAAAAACUCCCCUUAACUUAACGAUAUUGAGAUACGAUAUUCGAUUAAUCCCCCAUAUACAUAUAAUAAUUGAUAUGAUAUGAUAUGAUAUAGUAUGAUAUUGAUAUUGAUAUCUGAUUACAGCGCAUCAAUUACUUACUUACAGAGUUAGUUACAGUUGCCUGUUGCCUAAUCCACGGCUCCAAUCCAACAAUUUGGCAGCUGCCUCAAAACUUAACACAAAAAAUCGAAAUUAAGAAACAAUGACAACAAGAAAGAUAAUUAUAAUUAUAAAAAGUAUGAAAAGAAGAAGCGUUGUAUGUACAUUUUAGGUUGAGCUGUUUUCCAAGUGCAAUAAUUCAAUUUAAUUCUCUUAAUUAUUAUCGCUAUAUACAAAUAUAUAUAUAUAUUUUUUUGCAUUAGUUUCUAAGCAUUGUUUUUAGUUUUUUUUUUACGUUUUCAUAUCUGUUUGUUACAAUCUGUAAAAAAAUGCAAGAAUAAGAAUGAAACUAAAGUCAUACCGAAUAUAUUCUUAUGCAGCAAACGCGCUUCCACAACUAAGUGAACGAACGGAAAAAACACUGAAAUCCAAUGGAUAAAUCGUAAAUCGUAAUCUUUUAUUUUGCACUACACAUGACAAGACCAUAUAUACAUACAUACAUACAUAUACAUAUGUAGUAAAUACUUCUGCACAAUAGAAUACAAUGCAUAGUUUUAAGUCGAUCGAAUGUGUCUCAAAUCUCGAUGUAUCAGUUAUGCAGAGAUCCACAUACAGACGCCUCCUAAACAUUGCACAAAAAUAGAGAGAGAGAGAGAGUUAUAGAGUGAAGAAAGUCAAUUCCUUGUAACACAAUUUUGCAAUAGCUUCCAAAUUUUUGUACUAAAUUAGAGAUCGCAUUUUAUAUAUUGUAGAGAAUUCCCGUUCCAAUGACGAUGUGCGUCAGUAUUAACGCGUGAAAUGUGUUCCAAAUAAAAUAUCGCAAAAUAUUCCAUUCAAAGAUUUGCUUCCGAUGACUUCGAAGCGCACAUUCCCACAAUGAAAUCCAACGACAUUCACAAAACAAAGUUCCUUCUCUUUCGCGCGCACUCUUCUCUCUCACUCUUUUACUCUUACUUUAAAGUGCAGAGUGCAAUAUUUUAGUGAAUUUCGUAUGUGGCAUCAACAAUUCGCAAAAGAGAGCAAACAUUGUGUAUUAAUAAUGGCGCACAAACAUCAUAUUGAGUUUUUAUUUGCAUUGACACAAAGGAAUUUACAUCAACCGAAAUAAAUAGUUAAUAAUGGACAAACAUAUCUCUGUAAAGCACUUAACUACCAUAUGUACUUAUAUAUGUAUAUGUACGAUACGAUAUUUGAAUAAACAGCGUUCGCAAUCACAAAACUUCAUUAAAAGCCUCAGUUGGAUUUGUGAAGUGUCUUUUGAUUAAUCACUUACGGAAAUUUCCACAAAAACAAAAGAAAGAAAACAAAAUCAUCAUCGGGUUCAUUAACAAUUUGUGUUGUUUAUUGUUAAUUGCAAAAUUGCUGUAAUGACAGUGCAUAUAAUUUGUGCAUAUGGUAUACUGAAAAUACAAAAAUAUACAUAAUAUAAUAUAAUACGAUAUUUAAAUGAAUUCGACUUCCAACAACAACUUUAUAUUAAUUUGUAUUGAUUUACAAUUAUUGCCUUGUUUUCUCAUUUUAUGUUUGUUUGUUGAUAUUAUGGAAUGAUUUUUUACCUUGUUUAUUGUUACUUGACAUACAACUACACACACACACACACACACAACAAAUACACUGAGAAUAUUAUCUAAGUAAGAAUUGACAAUUUUGAAAAGUUUGUUUCACACUCUACAAAUGAACAUGAUAAUUACAUUUGUAGCAAAUACUAUUGAACUAUUGUGUUGUAAUUGUUCCAAAAUUUAUAUAAACGAUAAAGCCCAAAUAAAGUUGAAGACACACGUAGUACUCGUAUACAUAAAAUACAAACAAUACAACAAUACAUACAAAUGCCAUUAUGGUGUUAAUAACUAAACUAAUCAAACAAUUUUCGUGGACCGUUGUUUAAAAGCAACAAGCAAACAACACUUCGAUUCAACACAAUUUACAACAAGGCUCCGGCCAGCAAAUUAACAAAGAAAAGAAAAAAACAAAACACAACAAAAAAAAGAAUGAUAAAUAUUGAAUGCAAAAUGCAAAUGAUUCAUAUACAUUUUAGUAUAAAUAAAUCACAAGGAUAUAUACAUACAUACGAGUAAAUAAAAAUUGUAGAAAAAAAAA